GGAAAAAUUUAUUUUAUGAACUGGGGCAGUACUCAUUAAGCCUUCCCUUCUUUCUCCCAAUGUUGCAAUUAUUAUUUACAGAAUCCCCAAAUUUCUCCUUUGACAUAAUUGAUUCUCUUUCCUUGUUUUUUGUAUUUACAUAGGCAGCUUUACUAGCUUGUGAGGCUUCCCCACUUUUCAUCUUUGUGUGGUCAGCUUUAUUGAAUUUUGUUGUGUUUAAAUCUAUUCUAACAAGGCCUUUCUCUGAGGUAGGCCCAUCUAACUCUCUUUCUCUAGCAAAACCAUUCCUUUUGCUCGUGGAAGGGUGGUUUCCUUCCAGGGAUUUUUUAAUUUUUUCAGGAGAUUAAUACCGUGUUUGAAUUAUAAUUUUUAGUCAUAGUUGGGAUUAGUACCAUGAUAGAAAUUAUAAUUUUUCGUCAUAGAAAUUAUAAUUUGAGAUUAGUACCGUGAUAGAAAUUAUAAUUUUUAGCCAUAGUUGAGAUUAGUACCGUGUUGAAUUAUAAUUUUUUAUUAGAUCAAUUUGUUUAGUCAUAGUUGAUGUUUGGUUACUCCUUGUCAAAAACUUGAUGUUUGGCUACUGGAUGGAAAAGUUGAUCUUAUGAACUCGGCAAUACAUGAGACAACUGGUGCAUGCUAUCUUCUCCUUUAUAAGACUCUAUUAUAUUGUUAAUUAUUAUUGAAGAUAUUUUGGAAAAUAUAUGAUAGUAAAUUAUGGUUGUGUCAGUUCAUUUGUUAUAUUUAUUAUUUUUCAAUAUUUCAGCUAUGGAACAAUCUAGUGAAAAUUCAAGAGUGAGUUGGAAAGAUAUGGAUGUAGUAAAGACAUUUUUAGAAAAUUGUAUUCAAGAAGUAUCCUUAAAUGGGAGACUUGGAAGUAGUUUGAAGCCAGACUCAUGGAACAAGGUUAAACUAGCUCUGGAGACUUGUCAUCGCUUUAGCGUUCCCCAAAAGAAAAUGAAGAAUUAUUAUGAUUAUCUGAAAGAAAAAUAUCAAGCUUGGUUGCCACUAACUAAAAAGACUGGCAAUAUUUAUGAUCCAACAACCAAUACCUUUCAGAUGUCUAAUAGUGAGUGGGAUGAGUACAUAAAGGCUCAUCCAAAAGCAAAGACGUUGAGGAAUUCACUUCUACCCUUUCCAGACCUAUGCACAAAACUUUUUCGCAGAUAA